CAAUUUCUGCCGGCGAAGCCUUCCAAGAUCCGACCAGGCCUAGGAUUUGCAGAGCAGCCCUUGACUUCUCUCUUUCUUCUCCCUCACGCACCCUGAUCCUCUGCAUCGCCUCGUCACCGCAACAAUGGCCGAACAAUUGAUCCUCAAGGGCACUCUCGAGGGCCACAAUGGCUGGGUCACCAGCUUGGCUACCUCCAUGGAGAACCCCAACAUGCUCCUGUCUGGCUCCCGAGACAAGACUCUGAUCAUCUGGAACCUCACCCGCGAUGAGACUCAAUACGGUUACCCCAAGCGAUCUCUUCACGGCCACUCCCACAUCGUCUCCGACUGUGUCAUCUCCUCCGAUGGCGCCUACGCUCUGUCUGCCUCUUGGGACAAGACCCUGCGUCUGUGGGAGCUCGCCACUGGCACCACCACCCGACGAUUCGUUGGCCACACCAACGACGUCCUCUCCGUCAGCUUCUCUGCCGACAACCGCCAGAUCGUCUCCGGCUCUCGCGACCGAACCAUCAAGCUCUGGAACACCCUCGGUGACUGCAAGUACACCAUCUCCGAGAAGGGCCACACCGAGUGGGUUUCUUGCGUCCGCUUCAGCCCCAACCCCCAGAACCCUGUCAUUGUCUCCAGCGGCUGGGACAAGCUCGUCAAGGUUUGGGAGCUCUCCACCUGCAAGCUCCAGACUGACCACAUCGGCCACACUGGCUACAUCAACACCGUCACCAUCUCUCCCGACGGUUCCCUCUGCGCCUCCGGUGGCAAGGACGGCACCACCAUGCUCUGGGACCUUAACGAGUCCAAGCACCUCUACUCCCUCAACGCCAACGACGAGAUCCACGCUCUCGUCUUCUCCCCCAACCGAUACUGGCUCUGCGCUGCCACUGCCAGCAGCAUCAUCAUCUUCGAUCUUGAGAAGAAGAGCAAGGUUGAUGAGCUCAAGCCCGAGUUCCCCGACACUGGCAAGAAGAGCCGGGAGCCCGAGUGUGUCAGCUUGGCCUGGUCCGCUGAUGGCCAGACUCUGUUCGCUGGUUACACUGACAACAUCAUCCGUGCCUGGGGUGUCAUGUCGAGGGCAUAAAUUUGCUCUUACCCUAAAAAAGGAGCGUGGUGACGAGGCCGGAGGCGAGCGGAAGAAGGUAGAUCAUUGGUGGGGCGUCAAAUGGUUGGCUUCCUCGUUUGGUCUUUAUUGAUGCAAAGGAAGGGGGGGCGACUCAAAUCUGACGAGGGCAUCACGCAUUUGCUGGUUAUAAGCAGCCCCUGAAAGUACCGGGAUUCAUCCUUUUGUUCUCCAAUAAAGAACUCGAGUUUAAAACAUG